AUGCCCCUGGUUACCGUGCUCACGGAUGUCGAUGCUGUCAUUGCAGCCAAGAAGGAGGUUGCGGCAAUGGUUCACAACGCUGUGAAGACUGCGCUCGGCAAGCCAGACCAGUACAUCACGGUUGCGCUAACCAAGGCUGAGUGUGUCAUGGUUGCAGGGCAGGAGGCGUCGGUGGUUGUCGAAGUCGACUCCAUUGGUGGUGAUUUUGGCGCAGUCAUCGCGACUAUUGCCGACGGCUUGAAGGCGCAUGGUGUCGAACCCUCCAAGGUUACCGGAACCUUCCGGGGCGUUUCCUUCAAGGAGUUUGCGAUGAACGGUCGGCCUCUGGGCUGA